GUAACAGUUUCUUUAUGACUUGCAGCAAAGCAGGGAAUGCAUUCAGUCAAAUGAGCCAAUCUUGUCGAAACACUGGAAUCAUUUAUGCAUUGCAUUGCAGUUUCUCUUCGUCUUCUUCUUUCGUUCUCUCCUGCUCCCUCUUUUUAUCCCUCCUUUGUUGCCUGCCUUGGGAUAUUCCGAGUGGAUUGACGUUUUUCCUCAUGCUUGCUCUUUUGGUUUGUUGAUUUGUUAUUUUCACCGAAGAUUAGCAUCAUUCAAGGCAAACGGACAACUGUGGGGUUUCUCCUCCCUCCUGCUUUCCUCUUGUUUUUUUUUUUUUGGGGGGGGGGGGAAAGAAGCCUUCUGCCAUUCGAGUUUUAGGACCCAGGAGACAUCCUCUGAAACAGCAGGAACUGUGUGCUUUCCACAUAGCAGUACAGUGCAAGGAAAACCCCGUCGGAUUCGUUAUUGUAGGAUACUUGUGAAUAUACCCGGGAUUCUGGCUUCUUAUGGCUGUGCGGUGGCUUUGGAAUUUUUACAUGUGUUCUGAGAGGUUUUGAAAAGGCUCCCUGCUCAUAACCCAGGACUCCCUUUCUUGUCCCACAGCUCACAGACUUCUUGGCUCAUCGAUCUUUUCGUCCUCUUCACACGCUUCUAGCAAGCUUUUCCGUCUUCUUUUGCCUUUCAUCUUAUCGGCUAAUUUUAAUUUGGGCUUCUCACCUGGAUUGUACCAUCGGUGAACAACCUGGCCACGUUGAGGACCAGUAGGAAGCAAAUCUUGCAAGGGAUCUUUAGCUCUACAUGGAAUUAUCCGCUUGGAUGGUGAACUUGGCGCUUGUAAAUGGGCAUCUCUUUUCCCUUCUUAAUUGUUAGCAUCAGGGGAAAAAAAGAAUCCAGAGGAGUUCUUAAACAUCGUGGGUUCCCUGACUACGUAUUGUGAUGAUCAGUACUAAUCUUACUGACUGAUACCGGGAGAAGAAUUUUUGCAAGACUGUGGUGGGGAACAGCCUUGGAGAACUAGAAGAUGAAAGUUCCAAUUCCUCAUUUAAUUAUCCUCUAUGCUAGUCUUGUUCAAAGUUUGAAGGUUGUGACCAAAAGGGGUUCAGCAGAUGGAUGUACUGACUGGUCAGUGGAUUACAAAAAGUAUCAAGUCUUAGUGGGAGAACCUGUUCGUAUAAAAUGUGCAUUGUUUUACGGAUAUAUAAGAGCAAAUUAUACCAUCGCACAAAGUGCUGGACUCAGUUUAAUGUGGUACAAGAGUUCCGGACCUGGAGAUUUUGAGGAACCUAUCGCUUUUGAUGGAAAUAGAAUGAGCAAAGAGGAAGAUGCUAUUUGGUUUCGUCCAACACUGGCACAAGACAGUGGGCUUUAUGCAUGUGUCAUAAGAAACUCAACCUACUGUAUGAAGGUUUCCAUUUCACUGACAGUGGGUGAAAAUGAUACUGGUCUGUGCUACAAUUCAAAGAUGAAAUAUUUCGAAAAGGCUGAACUUAGCAAAAGCAAAGAAAUUUCAUGCCCCGACAUACAAGAUUUUUUAAUUCCAUAUAGAGAGCCAGAAAUCUUAUGGUAUAAGGAAUGCCAAGUCACAACCUGGAGACCAAGCAUUUUGUUCAAAAAGGAUACUCUUGUUAUCCGGGAGGUCACAGAAGAUGACAUUGGAAAUUACACUUGUGAAUUAAAGUAUGGUCUCUUUUCUGUCAGAAGAACCACAGAAUUAACUGUUACAGCUCCACUUACAGAAAAACCACCAAAGCUUUUGUAUCCUUUGGAGAGUAAACUGACAAUUCAAGAGACACAGCUGGGUCAUUUUGCUAAUCUAACUUGUCGAGCAUUCUUUGGAUACAGUGGAGAAGUCAGUCCUUUAAUGUAUUGGAUGAAAGGUGAAAAGUUUAUUGAGGAUUUGGAUGAAAGUCGGGUUUGGGAGAGUGACAUUAGGGUCCUUAAAGAACAUCUUGGAGAACAAGAAGUUUCCAUCUCAUUAAUUCUUGAUUCAGUGGAAGAAGGGGAUCUUGGAAAUUAUUCCUGCUAUGUUGAAAAUGGAUAUGGCCGCAGACAUGCUACAGUUAUACUACUUAAGAGAGAGCUGAUGUAUACAGUUGAACUUGCUGGAGGGCUUGGUGCCAUUCUGCUGCUACUUGUUUGUUUAGUGACUAUUUACAAGUGCUACAAGAUAGAAAUUAUGCUAUUCUACAGGAACCAUUUUGGUGCAGAAGAACUAGAUGGAGAUAACAAAGAUUAUGAUGCCUAUUUGUCAUAUACCAAAGUGGAUCCUGACCAAUGGAAUCAGGAAACUGGGGAAGAAGAACGAUUUGCUCUUGAGAUCUUACCAGAUAUGCUUGAAAAGCAUUAUGGGUACAAAUUAUUCAUUCCUGACAGAGAUUUAAUUCCAACUGGAACCUACAUAGAAGACGUGGCAAGAUGUGUAGACCAAAGCAAGCGACUGAUAAUUGUCAUGACUCCAAAUUAUGUGGUCAGAAGAGGUUGGAGCAUCUUUGAAUUGGAAACCAGACUUAGGAACAUGCUCAUUACAGGAGAAAUUAAAGUGAUCCUCAUUGAAUGCAGUGAACUCCGAGGAAUUAUGAACUACCAGGAAGUUGAGGCACUGAAACAUACCAUCAAGCUUCUAACUGUUAUUAAAUGGCAUGGACCAAAAUGCAACAAGUUGAAUUCCAAAUUCUGGAAACGUUUACAGUAUGAAAUGCCUUUUAAGAGGAUAGAACCUAUUACCCACGAGCAGGUUUUAGAUGUUAGUGAGCAGGGGCCCUUUGGGGAACUGCAGACGGUCUCAGCAAUUUCAAUGGCUGCUGCUACCUCCACUGCUCUUGCCACUGCCCACCCUGAUCUGCGUUCCACUUUUCAUAACACAUAUCAUUCACAGAUGCGUCAGAAACACUAUUAUCGAAGCUAUGAAUACGACGUACCUCCUACUGGCACCCUGCCUCUUACCUCAAUAGGUAACCAGCAUACUUAUUGCAACAUCCCAAUGACACUUAUUAAUGGACAGAGGCCACAGACAAAAACUAACCGAGAGCAGAAUCCUGACGAGGCUCAUACAAACAGUGCAAUCCUGCCCCUCUUACCACGGGAAACUAGUAUCUCCAGUGUCAUUUGGUGACAUCAGUGCAAGGGGGAAAUCACCUCCCUUGAUCAGAAGCAAGGUCUGCAGUCUGGUGCCUGGAACUACAUCCUCGACUGCUGCUGUUAAACAUGCAUUACAAUCUAUGAAAUAUGAGGAAAAACAGGGUCUUGUACAUAUGGUUUUGCAAAUUUCUUUGUAGCAUCAGUCUUCCUGUUUUACCCAUGUCUUUACCAUCCACACAUUGACUUUGUUUUAUAUGUCAUUAAGAUUUGUAUAUUUACAUUUUUUUUUAAAAAAAGAGAGAAAUGGAGAGACUGCUGUAUAGAUAGGAAUUUUUUUUCUUCAUUAGUAUAGUUUGUGUGUGCAUUUUAAACAUUUUUGGGGAAUGCUUGGAUAAAACUGUUUUUAAUCUAGAAGCAGUAUCCAUUUUCUUGGUCUGCCUAGGCCAAUACCCAGAGUCAUGCUUGCAGCAAUUCACCAUUGUCUGUCUGUGUGUAUGUGUGUGCGUAUGUGUGUGUGUAUGUGUGUGCAUGCACACAGGUGCCUGUGUGCAUGCAUGUAUAUGUGUGAAAACACUUGUUCUUGGGAGAUCCCCACAAAUGUUUCAUAAUCCUUUCUUCAUGUUUUUAUCACACUGCUACACUCUGCCCUUUUCCCCUCACCUUUUUAAAGCAGCACACUGAGUGAAAUUAAAGAUGGUCUAAUUGUCUAAUAUUUCACGUAGUAAAUAGUUGUGAACAGCAAAAAAAAAAAAUCCAGUCUGUAUUACUUGCUUCACAAUAACCACUAUAACCACUAUGGAAUCUAUAGAAAGAAUAAUAGAUUUUUCUGUUUGAUUUUAUGAGUUGUUUGUAUUCAUUUUAUAUAGAAAUAACAUGCCAACUCUAAUUCAUUCACUUCCUGGGAAAGUGUUGUAUGUGUUGUAAUUCCUACUACCUAUUUUGUUUGUCUGUUUGCUUGAAAUCAAUGGUUUCUUUUCUUCUUUACAUUCUUCAAAUGAGAUUAUUGACAUCUGCCAAGCAAGUAAGGCAGUAGGCACUGAAGUCCAUUAAAUCCUGGAGAGAUUUCCAAUGAUGGCUUCCAAACCAAAUUAAAAUAGAAGGACAAUAUCAAAAAUGGUUUAUCACAUUGUAUUACAUAAAAUGCUGUCUUUUAAGAAAUAUGGAACAUACUUUUUCAACAAGUUUGAAACAUAUGUAUAUUCAAGUUUGGUCAUCACCUUUUCUUUUCACUGAUACAUCCAGAAUUUAGCAUUCUUUAUUAUUCAUUAUUAUCUUUUCUUAAGCUUGUAAUAACACUACAUUUUUUAAUUCCAAGGUUGUUUAAAGGAGAUCUCAGGAGGUUGCAAAAAGUAAAUACCAACAAACAUCAAUAUUUUAUAAAAUAUUAAUAUUUAAAUCAGAAAGAGAAAUGUUGGAAAUAAUGUUAUUGAAUAAAAUAAACUAGUUUUAUUUUAAAUGUAUUAUUUCAUCUUUAAAGAAAGAAAAAGCAUGUAUUUUGGCUUUGCAAUUAUUUCUGCAUAAAUCUAAGGACUGAACUUUGUCUAUAUGGAUUCAAUAAGAAUUUGUCAUAAAUAUUAACAGAUUUAACUCGUCAUUCACUACUGUUAACAGAAUGAGCACUACUAUUCAUAUUUCCACUUACCAAUGCAACAGCCACCUUUCAUAUAAGAAGGUAGCCAACAAUAGAUUACAUAAUUACUAUAGCAUUAGACUAGUAGAGCACAUUUCUUACAACAUAAAUUGAUGUAGUGGAUUACUGAUAAUAAUUAACAUGCUAGAGGAGAAUAUAACAUUUUUAAUUUUGCAUUCAAAAAUGCCACAAUUUAACAGCAACAAUCACGUGAAACUGCAGAUCUUUUUCUUCAUUAGAAAGAAAAGGAGAGAGUUUUCUACAUAACAAUACAUAGUCAAUAUAAUGGAUGUAUUGUGCAUUUAUUUUGACUGUCAUCAUAAAAAAGGCCUAUAUUUUAGGUCAAAUAAGAUGUUAUCAAUUAAUUUUAACCUAAAACCCAGAUGUGUGGGUUCCAUUGGUACAUGAAAAAUUACUGGUAUUAUAAUAAAGCUAGUCAAGAAAACAUCUGAAAGCUGAAUUAAAAUGUAUAGGAUGUAUUUUGAUAUAAUUUAACUAGCAAUAUUCAUUUCUGUGACUGUUCACUCAAGUCUUUUUCUAGUAGUUUGCUAUUUUGCUGGUCUCUACCUUUACCACAUAAAAAAGAAAAAAUGUGGACAUGUGCAAAAUAAAAUCACACCAAGCAUUUAAUGCUGUCAGCUAGGAUUUGAAAGUUCACAUUCUUUGAAAGUCCACUCUCUGAAAAUUUAAAAUAGUUAUUACUGGUUAUAGACACCAGCCAGGCACUAGUGGAAUUAAUCACUAUUGAUAAAAUUCCAAAUCUGAGAACUUCAAAUAACUAACAAAAGAUGCAACUGCUUUCUCUUUGAAAUUUUUAAUCUACAUUUUGUUUGUGAAGUAAUGUAAAACAUUGCAAUCUGACCACAGUCACACUGUAGAUUCUAGCUGGAUGGUAUUCUUUUUUUUUUUUUUUUUC